GGAAAAAUCAGUAAAAUGGAUGAUAAAAUAUCAGAGAUAUAUUUGAAAGUAGAAAACAUGGGACCAAGAUUAAACCAGAAGUAUGGUAACAAAGAAAACCAAUAUGACCUAAGUAUACAGGAGAAAUAUGAUGAAAUUCAAAGGAAGGUCGAAAAAUUGAUGGAAACGUUGCGAAUCUCCUAUCAGAAAUGAAAGAUGAUAAUAGGUUCCUAAUUCUAAAUCAGUGUGAGGAAGAAUCUACAUCCUCUAAAGUGAAUGAUUCUCCAAAAGUUUUUGUACAGGAACCACAUACAACCCAGACAACAAUUACCAAGGCUAUUAUUAAUCAGGAUGGGAACAACCAAUCCGGACAAGUAAGUCAAGUGACUACUGCCCUCUAUCCAGGAGUUUCGAAACCGACCCAUGGAUAUAAACAACGUAGGUCUAGGAGCUCCUCUCGUGAAACUAUGUCAGCAAAUUGGGACAGAAGUAAUCAAAACCAGGACAUGACACCAACACCACGAUAUAGACAACGUAGGCCUAGGAGCCCAUCACGUGAAACGGCAUCCAGAAAUUGGGAUAAGAGAAAUCAAACCCGGGACAGAAGAAAUCAAAAUCGUGACACUUCACCACCACGGUAUCAUGGCUCGUCACAGUAUCAUCAGCCACGAUAUUCCAAUCAUCAAUCAUCUAACAAUAAACACUUUCAAGAAAAUAAGCCCAAUGUUACAAUCAUUGGAACAUCAAUAUUGAAAAACCUCGAUCCAAAACGCUUUAGCGACAAAAUGACAACCAGAAACUGUACGGCUUACACAAUUGACGAAGCAAGAUACACACUGAAUAAUCUUACCACUACACCAGAUGUUAUUGUGUUACAACAACUAUCGAAUGAUCUAAAACACAAACAUCCUGACACAUGCGUUGAAGAUCUGGAAUGUCUAAUUAAGGAUACCCAUGAAGUCUACCAAAACGACAAGUUUGUAAUUUCGCUACUUCCAAACAGAGGGGAUAAUCCGGAAUACAACAAAAAAGU